AUGAGCGGAGCGGCACACGACGAUUGGGGGUCUGCGUCGGGGCACAGGUUCUUGUUUCUGCGCCAUGGGAAAACCAACUACAAUGCUGAAGGGAGGAUACAAGGAUCCACAGAUUUCUCUAGGUUGACGGAGGAAGGAGAAGCGCAAGCAAGCUCUGUAGGAAGGAUCCUGUCUGAUAUCCCCAUAGACUCUGUCUUUGUCUCCCCGUUGACAAGAGCUCGGAUGACGCUAGAACUGGCAGCAGCGGGGUCAGGAAGAAAUCUCUCGGACUCUGCGAUGGUUCUGGACGACUUGCGCGAAGUCGAUCUGCAUGAGUGGGAAGGGAUGCUGAAGAAGCAGGAGAUCAAGGAGAUGUACCCCGAUAUCUACUCCCUGUGGCGAGGUGAGAACCCACGAGAGUUCAAGUUAGACUCGGGCAAGUAUCCCAUCAGAGAUCUCUGGAAACGAGCCGGGAAGGUGUGGGAAGUCCUGAGGCGAGAUGCUGCCAACGGCAAGACGAGUUUGAUCGUAGCACACAAUGGCAUCAAUCAGGCUCUCCUCUGCACGACCCUGGGUUUGUCAGAAGAAUAUUUCCGAAAGCUCGAGUUUCCCAACUGCGGAAUCGCUGAAGUGAUUGUACCGUACGGUGAGUGA